AGGGUCCAAAGUGUUCCUAGUUAGGUUAACAUAUAUAAGGAAAAACUCCAAGCCCCAAGGUGUAUGAAGCCAUGUCUCAUGUGUCCGCUCUUCCACUGGCACAUUGAAUGGUUCCUCUCCAAGCACUUCAAAUCCUGCCCUGCACUGAACAUCAAGCCUCUGAACACCUCAACUCAUGCCUCAUAGCCUCAGUCAUUCACUGCUGUGAUCCCUUUCCAACACAGUGUAAGUAGCCCUCUCAUUCCCAUUCCCCAUAACAUGGUACAAUAAAUGUCUUUAUUAAACGCUUUAGGUUAAAAUAAUUAGUCUUUUUGACGACUUUCGAAACACGCUUUUGUCGUCUCCGUGCGUUUACUCACCUAUACCGUGGGUCUCCCAUGAUCCUCAAUUUUUCAAGUCACCAACCUCCACUGGUUCUACCUCCAAGCUAUAAGACUGCUGAACAAGACUUGCUAAAUAGCUAAUGAAAUGGCUUCCCGUACCACCUGUAUUGACCCAUUUCUGCACUAACUCCCUCUCACUGACUCUAUACACACACUGGACUCUACCCACCCACUCAUACUGACACCCCAACACACACAACAUAUGCCCACACAACACGUGUACUGACGCCACACACAUUUACUCACUGUGGCUAUUGUCAAUUAUCUAUCCUUUUGCUUCGUCACUUUAUACCUACCAAUAUGUACAUAUAGCUACCUCAAUUACCUCGUACCCCUGCACAUCAACUCAUUGUUCACUGUGCAUUUAUUCCUUGUGUCACUAUUUCUAUUUUGUUUUAUCUUUAACUCUGGAUUGUUGGAAAAGGCCUGUAAGUAACCAUUUCACUGUUAGUCUACAGCUGUUGUUUAAGAAAAGUACAAAAGUACAGAACAUUUGACAGUUUACAACUGAAUAUCAUCAGUAAACACUGGACCUUAAAGUUAACUUUUAUUGGGCCAGCUCCUUAGAUGUCUCUCCAAGUGUGUGUGUGUGUGUGUGUGUGUUUAUGUGAAUGAGGAACUGUAGAGAGCAAACACUUUUGUGUUGCAAUAAUGGACUCUGUCUCUAUCCAAUACACAAAACAAAAUAAUGAAAACAUAUUUUAACAAAAUCUCAAAAUCUUGGAAUGUAUGAACUAAAAGAUUGAUGAAUUGUUCUUGGUAUGCACACAAUCGGGAGGGAUUACAACAGACAAUGCCUGUGUAAUCAGCUGGAGUCCAGACAGAGCGUCAAGAUCCUUCCCAGAGGGCCACACUGCAAGACCACAGAGGUCAUCGACCUAGAGCCAGAAUGGCUGGACGACGUCCAGAAGAACGGCGAGCUCUUCUACCUGGAACUGAGCGAGGGCGAGGAAGCGGCGGCAUUGGCUCAGGCAGCCGCCAAUCACGGCCUCUCCACCAAUCACGUCCGCUUCAGCGAGAAGGAAGCGGAGAUCAUCAGCGACGAGUCCAGGAAGCUUCCUGAUGGCGCUCCAACCAAAGGAGAGCCCAAGCUAAAAAGACUGGCCAGGAUCCUUAGGAGGAAGCGGCGACCAUCCCAGAGCAGAGGGCCCGACGGAGGAGGCGAAGACUCGUCAUCUCGUCCAGUAUCCAUCUUGAAAAACCAAGCAGGGCAGAGGGUGGGGGUGAUGGUCCAGCAGCUGAAGGAUGUGUUUCUCUACCUGAACCCCAAACGCCUGGGAAGCUGCUCCCCUCCUCCCCCGGAGAGAGGGGGUCUACUGGAGGCCCUUCUGGGGGUGGUGCAUCGCCCCUCCUGGGGCAGGGGCCAGGGAGACCCCGCAGGGAGGAGGGAGGAGAGGAUCACUGUCCAUGGCCUGGUGCCCAACAGCCCGGCCGUCAAGUGUGCACAGAUACUGAUAGGUGACAACCUGGUCGCAGUAGACGAUGUGGAUGUUACCACAGAGAACAUUGAGAGGGUUCUGUCCUGCAUUCCUGGACCUACCCAGGUGAAGCUGACCCUGGAGACAGCCAGUCCAGGAGGACCAGGGGAGGGAGGUGUGGACAUGUCCUCUGCUCCCAGGCUCAGGCCCUCUCCUUCGGUUAGCCAGCUGGUGCGUCUGCUGUGGGGCGAGGACACGGUGGAGCUCCAGAUGUCUAUAGGACACAUCCCGCACAUUGUCAUGUACCUGUCACUCAAACUGGACCCAGACACCCCACUAGAAGAGCAGGAGAUCCUGUACCAGUACCCAGUGUCUGAGGCGUCCAGUCAGCUGAAAGGAGUCCGAGGGAUCUUUCUCACUCUGUCUGACAUGCUGGAGAAUGUCACCGGGGGGCAGAUAGUCAGCUCCUCUCUUCUGCUCAAUAAACAGCUGGUCCAUGUGGGCUACUGGAAGGAGAGCAACAACCUGCUGGUGAUCGCCCUGCCUGCUGAGAGGGUUCCUCUGUUGUAUCUGCAGACGGUAGUGGGAGGCGCAGUGAGGACUCUCAAGGUGAUGCACGGCUCUCUGGACAGUGCAUUCUGCCAGGCGGACCACGCCCCCAGGCUGGACCAUUUCUUCUGCCUGUUCUUCCAGCAGCUCAUCCAGCCUUCCAGGUUGAGUGACAGCUCUGGGGCCACGCCCACUGACCUAUCGGGGACUCUCUUCCUGGACGGACUGCCAGCGGUCCGGUGGCUCCCUCUGCCCCCUGAGAUAAAGAUGGAGGUGGACACUGUUCUCUCAGACUUUGAAUCGUCAGAUUUCGGAGAAAUGUCAGAGGACUUCUAUGGCAUGAGGCGUCUCUACGUGACACUGGGUUCCUGUCUGUUCUACAAGGGCUAUCUGAUAGCGAACCACCUCCCCAAGGAGGACCUGUUUGACGUCUCUCUCUACUGCCAGCACUACUGUCUCCUCCCCCUGGCCUCAGAGCAGCGCGUGGGCCAGCUGGUUGUCUGGAGGGAGGUGUUCCCUCGCCACCACUCACAGAUCCACCAGACCAAGACCAUUAGCAACCACUGUACCACGCCUGGCUACUGCCAGCCCCAGGGACGCUACUUCCUACUCAUAGUGGGACUGAGGCACUUCAUGCAGUGUGUGCUCCUGGAGGCGAGUGGCUGUGCGGCCCCUGCCACGGGGGCCCCAGGGCCCGACUGUGUGUACGUGGACCAGGUCAAGGCUACCCUCCUACAGCUGGAGGAGCUGGACUUAGGGAUGGAGGAACGCCUGGCCGCCCCGCCUGCCCCCUGCCUCUCCUGUGCUGACUGGUUCCUCCCCUCGUUCGUCCGUGACAGGUUAGACACCCUGGCUGCCUCGUCUCCUGUCCUCAGCAAGCUGGCCGGGAGCGUGAAGCCUCCCUCCUCGGACCAGGGAGGAGGAAAGGUGGUGGGCCGGAGCCUGUUUGGACGAGGCGCUCGGAGACCUAGCUCCAAGAGGAGUCAGUCCGACAGCGGGAGCAAGGGACAGUCGGAUGGGGGUGUAGGAAGGCCGACUGGACUCAGUCCGCACUCCACCCCGGACUCGGCCCGGAAGCUGGUCGGCCAGAGAGACUCGCUGGGUUCUGGAGGAUCUGAUGGGAGUCGAGGCAGUGGGAGCAUUUUCAAGAUUCCCAGGAUGAAGCAUCCUAACCCGUUCUACCUGGGCACCCUGAAGAAGAGUCUAACUGAGAGAGAGACAGGGGAGAAGUACAACACUAUGAAGUUGACGUCUGGGGCAGAGAACACUCUGUUCCACUAUGUGCUGAUGGAGAAGGUGCAGGGUAUCUUCAUCGCUCCUACACACAGGGAACUGGCCCAGCUCAGUGGCUCCAUCCACCCUCAGCUAAUUCGCAACUUCCACCACUGCUGCCUGUCCAUACGGGCUGCCUUCCAGCGGAGUCUGCCGCCCAGGGGCAGGCCAGGUACAGACAGACCCCAGGGGACCCAUGGGCUGGGCCCAGUGAAGGAACACGGAGUUCUGUUCCAGUGUAAACCUGAGAACUGGACCGACCAGAGGAAGCCAGCCCCCACCAUGACCUACUGGGUUAUAGGCCGGAUGCUUCUCGAACCCGUCCCUCAGGAAUUCUACGUGUGUUUCCAUGACUCCGUGGCAGAGGUUCCCGUGGAGAUGGCCUUCCGCCUGUCUUUCGGCCUGGCCUUGUGACGAGCUGUCUGCCAACAGUCUCUUAUGAACACCAAACGGAAGAAAACAGACAGACGGGGGAGUACAUAAACUCCAAUAAGAAAAUGCUUGUUCCCGUUUUCUAUCACAAAAUAUUCUGCUACGGUUUUCCCUAAUGAACACAACCCUGGUCUUAAAGGUUUCCCAGUUGACGUCAACGCCUGCUUGCAGUCGGUCGGAGAUAUUCUGGGAUCUAAGACUCCCUCUUGUGCCUUGAUCACGUGACGGCAGGUAACAGGAGACCUCACAGGACCAAGGUUGUUCUGUUAGUCUUGGAUCAGCUCCAGUGGAACAGCAGGACUGCAUCCAGAUAGAAAUGUGUUUUGUGGAACAAACAUGAGGUAAAAGAAAGCGCGUCAGCUCUAUUCAUGACAUUUCUAUCUGUAACAUCCCACUACGCUUGCCUACUAAACAGGUUUUGGGGGCGGCGGGUAGCCUAGUGGUUAGAGCGUUGGGCCAGUAACCGAAAGGUUGCUGGAUUGAAUCCCCGAGCUGACAAGGUAAAAAUCUGUCGUUCUGCCCCUGAACAAAGGCAGUUAACCCACUGUUCCCCUGGUAGGCUGUCAUUGUAAAUAAGAAUUUGUUUUUAACUGACUUGCCUAGUUAAUAAAAAAAUUAAAAUAUACCCUGGGUUUAUCAGAUGCUAUGUUGUGUCCAAAAUGGCUCCCUAUGUAAUGAAUAGAUGAACUAAGAACUGAGUAAUAAUACCUCAGAAAACAUGCUGGAUUUUUUUUAAAGGGUAGAUGUGAGUUUGCAGGGAAAGCAUUGUUCUGCUGUUCUGGCCAUAGCAAGUCUCAUUCUAGUUCUGUGGUUCUGACAUUCCUGUUAGCUAAAGUGUGCCAGACCAAAUAAUAUGGGAAAAGUCUAAACAGCAUUCUUGGGACAUGCCAACUCUUGCGUCACGCCAUUGCGGGUGAAAUGUAAAACGGUAAGGGUUAAGGUUCGGAACAUCCCAAGGAUCCCAAACAGCACUGACCAAAUAUUGACUGUUCUUGCCUGCUAUCCUUUCCACAUUGGCAUGGCAACACAGCCUUAGGUAGAGUUCUAUUCAUGUUGCUGUUUUGGAGCAAGAUAAGUGUUAUGAUAUUUUAUUUAAGAUGUACAGUAUUUUGUAUGGAAAUGUAAUAAUUUGACAAUUAAAAGAAAAACAUA